CGUGCGGACUUGUUCCCGCGUCACCGGUAAGCUCGUACGAAAUCGCACCCUCGGCGCAUUGACGCCGUACGUGAGCCACGAGCUCGUACAGCCGCGCCGCGUCUUUCGCUUGUCUCCCUCGGGCCACAUUUUAAACUGCGAUAGCUUUUGUUCGGGUAUAACGUCGCUCUUAUAAACUUAGUAUCGUCUCCGGUCUUCACUCACCAAACGUGAUACGAAAAGAAAUAGCGAAUGAAAUAAAAUACUGGGAGAAAUAUUUUUAGAGUCCUACUAUUAGUGUGAUGGAGUACGCAUGUGCAUUUUAUCCCGGAGGGUAGUCUGAACAGUUGCACGAAAAGGUUGGCGUUCAAGCGGGAUCCGGCUGAAUACUAUGUAAAACGUCACUAGAUAGUGACAGCAUAAAAACUUCGUUUAAGCAAGAGACUAGGUAGAGUCGAUAGCGUUCAAGAGCGAAAAUGGGCAAGAAAAACUCGAAACUAAAGCAAGACACGAUCGAUCGGCUGACAAAUGCGACCUACUUUACCGAAAAGGAAAUACGACUCUGGCACAAAGGCUUUCUAAAGGACUGUCCCAACGGCUUGCUGACUGAACAGGGCUUUAUAAAGAUCUACAAACAAUUCUUCCCUCAAGGUGACCCGAGCAAAUUUGCUUCGCUUGUGUUUCGAGUUUUCGAUGAAAACAAUGACGGGUCAAUUGAGUUUGAAGAGUUUAUACGAGCUCUUUCGGUUACGUCAAGGGGAAAUUUGGACGAAAAGUUGCACUGGGCCUUCCGUCUUUACGAUGUUGACAACGACGGAUAUAUAACGAGGGACGAAAUGUACAACAUAGUCGACGCGAUCUACCAGAUGGUGGGACAAACCCCACAACCAGAGGACGAGAAUACACCCCAGAAGCGCGUCGACAAGAUCUUCGAUCAGAUGGAUAAGAACCAUGACGACCGCCUCACACUCGAGGAGUUCCGUGAAGGAAGCAAGGCCGACCCCCGCAUUGUCCAGGCACUCUCUCUUGGGGGCGAUUAAUCGACGGUCAUCCUCUCGCCGGAAUUCUCAUUUACUGAAACAUAAACCCCCUUAUGAUAAUAUUUAAUUACUAUUAAUUUUGUAUGCUUCACAUUUGCCAAUAUGAAUGCGUAAAGCAUUGGUUGGUUUGAUAGUUGAAUCAGGGACCCAAGUCUGCUAAUAAAAGUGUGCCUGCGAAUUUCGUUAACAACUUAGUGUUAAUUAAAGAAAUGUCA